AUGCUUCCUCCAACACCCAACCCCACGUAUCUCGCCUACCAACACGACGCCAAACUCCUCCACCUCGAAACAACCAUCCAAUCCAUCCAACCAUUCUCCACCCUCGAAGAAGCCAACAAAGCCCUCUUCAAAUCCCCCGGCGACAAUGACUUCAUCCUCGUGACAAAAGACACCAUCUUCCACCCCCAAGGAGGCGGCCAACCCUCCGACGAAGGCUACAUUUUCCCCGCAGGCACAGACACAACCAGCAUCAGCACCAACAAUCCCCAAAAUGCACUUCUCCAAGUCCUCGCCGCACGCAUGGACGCUACCAACAACGGCCAAGUCCUCCACCUCGUCCGCGCCGUAACAAACACCACCACAGUCACACCCCUCGACUCGCUAACCCCGACAACAACCAUCCUCCAAGCCAUCGACGCCGAAAAACGCCUCCUCUACUCCCGCCUCCACACGGCCGGCCACGUCCUCGGCUCUGCAGUACGCCACCUCCUCGAAUCCUCGAUCCCGAACUUCGACGAACUCAAAGCCUCGCACUUCCCCGACAGCGCAUCCUGCGAGUUCCGCGGCAGCAUCGGCGGCGAGCACAAAGAUGCCAUCCAGACCCGCGUGAACGAGUACGUUGCGCGGGGGAUGCCGGUGGAAGUUGAGUUUUGGGCGGAGGAGGAUUUUGUUCGCGAGGGGGUGCCGCAUCUUCUUCCCGAUCGGGGGUUGUUGGGGCCUGGGCAGGAGAAGUUUCGGGUUGUGAGGAUCGUUGGGGCGGAGGUUUAUCCUUGUGGGGGGACGCAUGUUGAUACGACUGAUUUGUGUGGGGGCACGGUUGUGAAGAAGAUUUCGAGGAGUAAGGGGAAUAGCCGAGUUAGUUAUGCUGUUGUAUAG